CAGGAAGAGACGCUAACUGGCAACCAGCCAUGUAAAUAGUGAACAGAGGAUGCUAGGAGUUGGAAACGAUAGAAGGGCAGCUAAUACUGAAUAACUGGAGCCAGGAUGAAAGCACCUGCUGCACUAGGAGUAUUAAGUUUUCUACAGCUGACUGAGACCCUGUAGCCAUGGAAGGACAUCCUUCCAAAAACACCACCUUUCUCAACAUAGAAGAUCUGGAUGUGUUUCUAAACAAGCACGACUCAAACUUCAUCUGGCUGCUCGUUGCCACCAUCCUGUCCUGUGGAUGGAUCAUCUAUUUAACUUACUACAAUUCCCGCAACAUUGGCCUCUUCCUCACCCUCGUCAUCAACAGACUUUACAAGGAUGGCUACAUUCACAUCGGUUCCUUCUCCUUCUCUGUUCUGUCAGGCAAAGUCAUGUUCAGAGACGUUUACUACAUCAACCAAGACAUGUCCAUCAGGAUACAGGACGGCUUUCUCAUAUUUCGCUGGUGGAAAAUGUAUAACCCAAAACAAAAGCAGCAUGAUCCAAAAGCAGAGACCAGGCUUUACGUGACAGUCAACGGCUUUGAGUUUCACGUCUACAACCGGACCGACCUCUACGCACGGCUGCAGGAGACGUUUGGGCUGGAGUCCACGCUUCUCACCACCAAGAAGGAUGAGGAGAGGGGACCGGAGGACCAAGCUAAUACCCUGGAAAGUGUGAACAUCAAAGCAGAGAGUCCAGAGCCCACAUCAUCAUGGCGCUCCCUCAUUCCUGUGAUUAAACUCAACAUCAGCACUGGUCGUCUGGCGUUCGGGAACCACCACCUCCCUCAGACUCUGUGUGUGAACUUUGAAGACGCCUUCCUGACGUAUGCCACCAAGCCUCCAUCCAGCCACCUGGACCAGUACAUGCACAUUGUGAAAGGCUCACUGGAGAAUGUGCGCGUCAUGCUGGUUCCCAGUCCCCGCUACCUGGGCAUGCAGAACGACGAACCUCCCAGACUGAUGGGCGAAGGCUUCGUGGUGAUGCAGUCCAACGACGUCGACAUCUACUAUUACCAGGAUGAACCCGGUCCGGUCCCAGUGGAGCAGGAGGGAGAGCAGGAGGCUGAGACGAGCAGUGAGGACGAUAAACUGCAGGACCUUCCGCCAUGUUGGGGGCUCGACAUUGUCUGUGGAAAAGGAACUGACUUUAACUACGGACCGUGGGCGGAUCGGCAGAGGGAAUGUCUUUGGAAGUUCUUCCUCCCAGCUGACUAUCAGGCCAUGAAAGUGAGCGAAGUCGCCCAGCCAGGAGAGCCACGGCAGAUCCAAGCCUUUGAACUCCGCAUGAAUAUCAUCGCUGAUGCCACCAUCGAUCUGCUUUUCACCAAAAACAGGGAAACCAAUGCCAUCCAUGUGAAUGUAGGUGCAGGUUCUUACCUGGAAGUUAACAUCCCCAUGACUGUUGGAGAGAAUGGCUACUCUCCCACCAUUAAAGGCCAGCUGCUUCAUGUGGACACCACCAGCAGCAUGCAGUACAGGACUCUCCUGGAGGCUGAGAUGUUGGCUUUCCAUGUGAUAGCCAGCUAUCCUCGGGUCUGGAACAUGCCUCAGUCAUGGCAGUGCGAGAUUGAGGUGUACAAGGCCACCUACCAUUUCAUCUAUGCUCAGAAAAACUUUUUCACAGAUUUAAUCAAGGACUGGGCGAGUGACAGUGCCCCUGAUAUCUACUCUUUUGUGCCCUAUUCUUGGAAGUUCAAGAUCUUAUUCCACCAGUUUGAGAUGAUUUGGGCAGCAAACCAGCACAACUGGAUCGAUUGUUCCACCAAGCAGCAAGAGAAUGUGUACCUGGCAGCCUGUGGCGAGACGCUCAAUAUAGACUUCACUCUGCCUUUCAAUGAGUUUGUUCCAACCACCUGCCAUACCCGCUUCAGCUUGAGGGCAGAAGAUACAGACAUGCGGCUGUCGCUGCCGGAGUGCCACCCGAGCCGCUACCCUCUCCUCACUUUGGCCAAAGACUACCAGAACAUCAAGCUGCCCCCAGACAUGUUCAUGUCCGCAGAGAACCAGGGAGCCCCCCCUCCGAAACCCAGCAAGUCCCGCUGGAGGAACAUCACCCACGCAGAAGCUGGCUGGCUGGACUGCUGGAGUGUGCCAAACUUCUUGCUCAUCAUCGACUACACCUGGCACCCCAUUUAUCCUCAGAAGGCAGAUGAACAACUCAAACAGUCAUUCUCUGAGAUGGAGGAGUCCAUGCUGUCAGCCUUACGGCCCCCAGAGCAGAGUUCAGUACCACGCUAUAUCUCCACAUCCAAUUCAGCUGCUCCCAGCCGGGGCCCCACUGACCCAUCGGAGCUGCCCCCCGACCGACUUCAUGUGGAGAUGGAAAUGUCCCCAGAUUCUCAGAUUCUUCUCUACGGACCUCUGCUGCGAGCCCUGAUAUCCAUCAAGGAAAACUAUUUUGGGGAAGAUGACAUGUACACAGACUUUGAGGAGGCUGUGUCCAGUCCCGUGCUGUCCACGACGACGUCCUCAGGCCUUGGUUGGAUAGAGGACAGCGAGCAGAAGGACGGCUCAGACGCCCAUCCUCUGGACCUGCGGCCCUGGGACAUCACAGUGCUCAUCAACCUCUACAAAGUCCACGGCCGACUGCCAGUGCACUGCAGCAGCGAAGGUCCUGAAGGCCCGUCUGGCUUCUUGGAGCGGCUCUGCUUUGAAAUGAAGAAAGGUUACAAGGAGACGAUGCUCCAGAUGAUCCUGUCACCCAUUCACAUCUUCAUCAGCGACAACUACCAGCGCCCCACGGCGGAUGGUGUGUUGAGAGACGGGCACCUGAGUCUCUCUGGGCUGCAGAUGAGGGCGCAUGCAAUGUUUUCUGCUCAGGGUCUCCCUCUCAGCAGCGACACGUUGGAGUAUGCGUGGCUCAUCGACAUGCAGGCCGGGGGGCUCACCGGCCGGGUCACGGUUCCUCAGUUGGCCAGUAUGAUCGAGUGGGCCGAGACGUUUGUUUUCCAUGUGGUUUCACGGGACUUCCAGCUGGAGCAACCCAAACCCUCCAUCUUCUGCCAGCAUGGUUCUGAUCGUCGAAUCUGUAAAGACAAGCCGACAUGUCUGCCUGGUCACUGCCGCACAUCCGAGGAGCUGAAGUACACCAUGACACGGCUGGCCAUGGAUGGAGUCGACCUCUUCGUCGUGGAGCAUGGCUGCGCUGCCAAUGUCAAGACGGGCGUCGUCCGAGUUGCCAACUGCAACCUGCACAACCAGGCAGUGGGGGAGGGCAUCAGCGCCGUGGUGCGGGACGUGAACAUCCGACAGUACAUCGAGCAGCAGCAGCUCAUUGAGGCGGCCAGGCUGCAGCUGGCCGGACAGGGUCAAGGUCCGGGUCAGCCCCCCCUGCUGCGACGCUCUGUCUGGCUGGAGGCGGGUUCAGUCAACCUGAACCUCAUCACAGCAGAUAUCGCCCUGGCUGCAGACCACCCAGCCAAAUGUGAAGUCCAGAGAAAGUUUUUGCAGCUGCAUGAUAAACAAACCAAAAGACUUUGGUUCCUGUGGCCCGAUGACGCCAGUGUCCGCAACAAACGGAGCAGGAACCGCUGUGGAUGCCUGGGAGGCUGCAGGUUCUUUGGCGGCACUAACAUGGGCCUGGACUACUUCAGGCUGGAGGAGCUGACACCCUCCUCCUCGUCUGCAUUCUCCUCCUCUAGCACGGAGUCGGACAUGUGCUACGGCCAGUCGUUGCUGCAGCCUGGAGAGUGGAUCAUUACAAAGGAAACACCUAAAGUGGAUGGAAAGGUUGUUGGACUGAAAAGAGACACACACUCUCCCUGCCUGCCUCCUGAGCUUCCAGAGAGGCGUGGUCAGCCGCACCUGAGUCUUCAGGUGCCUCAGCGCUCCCACAGCUCCGCCUCUUCCUCUGAGGAAAACAGCUCCUCCAGUGCCGCCUUACCUCUGCUGGCUGCAGAGCGGGACUCUCCCUCACUAGGCAACGAGGAGCACACCUUCCCUGUCAACGGCAGAAGCCACGCUGACACCCUAGGAGAGGUCCCUGAGGUGUCACCUGUCUCUCCGAAUAACGUCUCAGUUCGCUCACCCCUCUGCUCUCCUCUCAAGCGUCAGUCAUCCGUACACUCGGGCCGGCUGGGCAGCACCAAGAGCCUGUCGGCCGCCGUCUUCACCGACAAGCCGCCUCCCGUUCUCUCCGGCGGCGUCCAGUUCAGCAGCGAGGUUUCCCGCAGUGACGAAAAUGUCCUGGACUCUCCUCGUCAGCGCCGAAGCUACGGCUCGUUUCCCUUCACGCCAUCGGCGGACUCCAACACCUUCCGUCAGUACCGCUCUGCCAACUCCAGCAUGUCUGUGGCCGAGAGCGAGGCCUACUUCUCCGCCACAGAGGACUUUGAGCCAAUCAGCAGCGCCGAUGAGGGUCCGGGGACGUACCCGGGACGCAAGAAGAAGAGGAGGCAGCCUCAGCAGCCUCCGUAUCACAUGGAGAACUACAGCCGGAGCUCCAUCUACCACAGCGUUGAGGGACCUCUCACCUAUAUUCUCAAUGGAGAACUGAUCACCGAGCCACGCCCUUUGCCUCCUCCCCCAAUACUGCCCCCGCUGCCGCCCCAGCCCCUAGCCACCCACACGUCCCAGGCCUCCUUCGUCUCAGCCUUGGCCAUGGAGGAGGAAAGCUCGGUGGAGGUGGAGAAGGUGGCUGAGCCGGGCCCAGUUACUCGGCAGCCCCAUGUCAUGGCGUGCUACCAGAACUACCUGGCUCACUAUCAGGUUUCAAACUGGUCUGUCAAGCAGCCGACCAAUAAGAGGACUUCAAAGUCAUCUCUACAUCGCCCUCUUGAUCUGGACACGCCCACAAGUGAAGAGAGCUCCGCCUCAUUUGACCAGCUGUCUGUGCCUACCUUUAAGGUGAUAAAGCAGGGCCUCUCAGCCAGUUCUCUGUUGGACCGAGGCCUUCAGCUGAUGGGCGACAGCUGCAGCACACCGUACACUACUUUAGAUAAGAGAGCCAUGGAGAACACUGAUGAAGAGACGACGACAGAUGACUGGUCUCUGGAGCAACCCCUCGCUCAGACCAGAACCACUGCCAUCGUGGAGGUGAAGGGGGCCAUCAAUGUGGUUCUGACACCCCUUGUGGCUGAGUCGCUGGACAGAUACAUCGAGUCCAUGGUCCACUUUGCCAGCAUUCGUCACCCGGCAGGUAUUCUGGAUGACCUGCACAGUAAAGUCCUGAAUGAAGCUUAUCAGAUCAGCAAGUCCACGGUCACAGAGUCGAGCCAGACAGUCAAGCCGGAGCAGAAGCUUUCCAAGACAGAGGGCACGACCCUGACCUCUAACGGACAGACAGAACUGUCCAUCAAACCGGAUAAUGUGAAAAUUAAGGGCCUUCAAGCCAACGUCUCCAUCCCCAAGGUGAACCUUUGCCUCUUGCAGGCCUCUGUAGAGGAAGGCUCCCCGUCCUGCUCCUCUAAAUGUGUCCCACACGUGUCCCUUGUGGCGCUGUGCUUCGACAGGAUUGCAACCCAGUUCAGGAUGAACAGGGGGAUUGUAGAGGAGACUCCAAACACCACAGAACACGGCAGACCCUCCGUCAUGUUGGAGAAGUAUGCGUCAGCCACCAAAAUGCAGCCGCAGUCUUCUGGGUCACUGCGCUCCAACGCAGGCAUUGAGAAAGGCAAAGAGAUUGCUGCAAGACUCAACAUCCACCGGAUCCACAGCCAGCUGCGAGGCCUGGACUCUACAGACAUCGGAACAUUCGCCAUCACAGCCAUCCCCUUUGAGAAGUCCAAAGUGCUGUUUGGUCUGGAGGAAAUGGAGGAGUUUUCCUUGGUGGAUGAAACCGACGCUCAGGCAGCACAGAGUGACCUGGGCCGUUCUGCCGUGUCGCUUGAAAAAUGGGGCUGGAUCAUGUUUGAAUGUGGCAUCGAAAACCUCACAGUCAAAGGGGGCCGUCAGUCUGGAGCCAUUCUCUACAAUGCAUUUGGUGUGAUGGGCCACUCGGAUUCUGGCGGGAAGGUCGGGAUGACAAAGUGCAACGGUUCCACGGGCUCUCAGACAGGAAGCGGUUACAGCACCGACGUCUCUGACGACAACCUGGCCCCUGAUGUCGUCAGCCCGAGCUCUGAUGCCAACGAGCACUCGGACUCAGACGAGCAGGAUGAAGGAGUUGAGUCAGACGACCUGAAGAAAGACCUCCCCCUCAUGCCUCCACCACCCGACUCCAGCAGCAUGAAGCUGACCAUCAGAGAGAUUUGGUUCAGUUUUGCUGCGCCCACAAAUGUGCGCUCGGCCUCUCAGACCAUGUCAAGACAGUUGAAUCUGCUCAGCACGGCCACACCGGCCAUCGGAGCCUGGCUGGUCCCCAUUGACCAGCUCAAGUCCUCUCUCCGUAAACUGGACAUGGAGGGCACGCUGCGAGUCUGUGCUGUUAUGGGCUGCAUCAUGACUGAAGCUCUUGAGAAAAAGAGCAUCCACAUCCCGAUUCGAAGCAAGUACAACCGAGUGACCAAACGAGCUCGCUACCUGCAUGAGAAUCCCUCCUGUAUGCUGUGUAACAUCCUGCACCGCUACCUGCAGCAAGCUGACUACUCCAUCAUAGAGGAGGCCACCAUGAAUGAUGGGGUUCCAGCCCUGGUGACUCUAAAGAAGGGUCUGGUUGCCUUGGCCAGACAGUGGAUGAAAUUCAUCGUUGUAACUCAGGGCUUUAAGGCUAUUGGUCUGAUGGGUCCCAACCAGCUUACUAAACCAAAAGAGCUCCAGCAAAGCCGGGCUGACACAGUCCUGGGUCUGGAUAAUGGAGCUGCGCUGCAGAGCGACACCAGCGCCGAUGGAGCAGAGUUUGAAUUCGACGCAGCCACAGUGAGUGAACACACCAUGCUGCUAGAAGGAGCAGGCAGUCGCCCCCCACCCAAGGAGGCGAACACCGGUCCCGUCAGCGGAGUGGAGAUCAUGAGGAAGCUUUCAAAGUCCCACACACACAGCGAGUCUGCACACAGAAUAAAGGGCUCGCAUCCCUACCAGUCGCUGAGCUACACCAGCGGCGACACGGCGGCUGACUCACCCGCCCAUGUUAGCCGCGCCGGCCUGCCGGCCAAGGACAGCCCACGUAAGGAGAGCCUCCUGAGCAACCUGACCGGCAGUUUUCGGAGUUUGCACAACCUGCUGGAGGGCACGCCUCAGAGGAACGAGGCGUCUGCGGCCACGGCGGCCAAGAGCAGCUCCCUCACUCGUACAGGGACAGACAUGCUGACCGAGCACCCGCUCCUGUCUGAACCGUCCUCUGUCAGUUUUUACAACUGGAUGUCCAACGCUGUGGGGAACCGGACCGGAGCCGCAACCCAGGAGUCCCCAGUCAGUCGGUCCCAGGCAGGUGGGAUGUGCAACCUGCCCACUAUCCCCUCAGCCUCAGACUUCAACACGGUGCUGUCCAGCGACCAGAACACCCUGGAUGGGACCCAUUCCCAGCACUCACAGCACAGCACCAGCCAGGAUGACAUCGUUGACAUCGAGGAGGGGAACCAGUGUCCUGCUGCUGUUCAGCUGGCUGAUGCUCAGGUUGUUUUCAAGCCCCUGCUGAGCUACACUGGCAUCCAGGCCCAGGACACCACUCCACUCAGUUAUAAAAUGUAUUUUGGAGAACACUUGUCUUUUUCUGGCAACUUGGAGUGUCUGAGAGCUGACAUCGUGGACUCUGAUACAUCCAAAGAGCGUAAAAACAAGCGGUCCAGGAGACAAGGCAUGGUGAACAUUCCUCCCCUUGAGUUCAAGCCCGCUCUGCUGAUUGAGACCUUCAGUUUGAAUGCGGUGGUGAUGGAGAAGUCAACCAGCGCUCCUCAGGGCCCCACAGCAGUGCCGCUAUCCUUCCACGACCUCAACCGCCGUCACUACAACACCUUCCACUGUGAUUUCACGACAGCUUGCCAGGCCAUCAGCCAGCGUGUGGACAUGGCGCUGGUACGCCUCAUCCACCAGUUCAGCACCAUGAUCGACGACAUCAAGGCCACACAGACAGACAUCAAGCUGAGCCGCUAUACCGCCGGUUCCACCUCCCCGACGCCCACCUUCAAGGCCCGGCCGUACCGCCACAUCUUAUCCUCGGACUUCAGCCGGAGCUCCCGGGGGAGCCUGAACGGGGCGGGUCGAAGUGGAACCCAAACACUAAAAAGCAAGAGAGGGGUCGGUGGAGGUACAGGUGGAGGAGGCGGUUUACCCUCUAAUGGACCUCCAUCAGGCAUGGACACGUUGGGGAGACGAGAACCAAGAGGACGAAGCUCGCUCGGACGUUCAGAGCGCCGCACCUCUAAGGUGUCAAGGAAGGGCUCUCGUGAUGUGGCUGACCACAUGCCAAUCCAGAUGGACGACUCUGACUCCAUCACAGUGUCGGAGCAAAGUGAGCCGUCAGCAGAAUGUUGGCAGAACAUGUACAAGCUGCUCAACUUCUACUCCCUCAUCUCCGAUCCCACCGGCAUCCUGGAGAAAAGCUCCCCGGAGAACUGCCUUUCAGAAGGUGGCCGUCGUCCCUCCGAGCCGCUGUGUAAAGUCAUCUUUGAGAACGAGCAGCAGGAACAUGCCACGCCCAACAAGCCGCUGGCAGCGGGUGGGCGGCGACGCAGCCUGGUGAACUCUGAGCCUCAGCACGUCACGCUGAUAGUGUUCGGCAUCGGCAUGGUGAACCGCACGCAUCUAGAGGCGGACAUCGGUGGGCUGACCAUGGAAGCGGAACUGAAGAAGAUCCACGGAUCCUUCACCCUGAAAGAGAAGAUGAAGGAUAUCCUUCACCAGAAGAUGACAGAGACGUGUGCAUCAGCUCACAUAGGAGGAGUAAACAUUGUUCUGCUGGAGGGCAUAACACCUGACAUUCAACUGGAGGACUUUCCAACAUCUCCCACCAGCACCGCUAAACAAGAGUUUCUAACUGUCGUCAAAUGUACCAUCGCCAAAUCUCAGGCCCUGUACAGCGCCCAACGGGGCCUGAAGACCAACAAUGCUGCCGUCUUCAAAGUGGGCUCCAUAAUGAUCAACAUCCCCCAACACCCGGCCACCUUGCACAGCAUGAUGGUGCGCAGCUCACACCAGCUCUCCAAGCAGAUCUCGGACCUCAUCCGCCAGCCCUCCACCGGUCAACCUCACCGAGAGGACACGCCCACCCCACAACCAUCGGACAAAGCUUCCAGCAUCAACCAGACCCCCGUCGAGGCCAACGAGUUCCCCCAGCUUCCUGAAGGACUGGAGAAGAAGCCCAUCGUUCUCAAGUUCAGCGCCAUGAUGGACGGCAUCACCAUCGGAGCAGCGUUGCUGCCCUCCCUCAAAGCAGAGUACAAAAUGGGUGCAGUGAAGAGCCAUGGCAUGACAGGAGCACAAACCAGUUUCACCUUUGAGUUGCCAAACCACAGGCUCUGCUUCCAGUCCAAAGUGUCCCCAGUGGACAUGUCCACCAUGUCUCCAUCAGCCAGCCUCAGUUUGCCCCCAGUCACAAUGUCAGGGGAGUACAUCAUGGAGGACCAUGAGAGCCAUUCAGACCAGAGCUGGGCUCCAGACGACUUCCCAGCAAAGCAGGGAAACUACCUGCAGGGAAACUACCUGCGAUGUGUUGCCGAGAUUGGUUCCUUUGAACACAACCUGACUACAGACCUGCUCAACCACUUGGUUUUUCUGCAGAAGGUUUUCAUGAAAGAAGUGAAUGAAGUCAUUCAGAAGGUGUCAGGAGGGGAACAGCCGAUCCCUCUGUGGAAUGAGCACGACACCUCAACAGAUGCAGACAAGCCAAAGAUUCUGCUGUAUUCCCUCAGUCUCAUGUUCAAGGGAAUCCAGAUGACGGCCACCACUCCAUCGAUGCGGGCUGUGCGCUUUGAGACAGGCCUGAUUGAGCUGGAGCUGUCCAAUAGAAUCCAGUGCAAGGCUCAGCCAGGAGGCAACAGCAGUUACCUCAAGCUUUUCGGAAAAUGCCAAGUUGACCUGAACCUGGCGCUCGGACAGAUCGUCAAGCAUCAGGUAUACGAAGAGGCUGGCUCGGACUUCCACCAGGUGGCCUACUUCCGGACCAGGAUCGGUCUGCGAAAUGCCCUGCAGGAGGAAAUAAGUGGCUCAUCAGACAAGGAGGCUGUGCUGAUAACUCUGAACAGGCCGAUUGUUUUUGCCCAGCCUGUGGCAUUUGACAGAGCUGUGCUCUUCUGGCUGAAUUACAAGGCAGCGUAUGACGACUGGAACGAGCAGCGCCUGGCCCUCAACAACGACAUCCAUAUGGCCACCAAGGAGGUGGUGGACAAGCUGCCAGGCAUUCAGCAGACCUCGGCUCAGGCGUUCAGCACCCUCUUCCUGCAGCUCACUGUCAAUGACCUGGGUAUAUGCCUUCCAAUUACCAACGCAUCCCAGGGCAAUCACAGCAUAGAUUUUGACACCGGCUCGGCUAUGGUCCUGACCAUCGAGAGCACCCAGAUCACCGCCUGCUCCUCUGAGUCCCUGGUGAGUAAAGGACACUUCAAGAACUUCUGCAUCCGCUUCGCCGAGGGCUUCGAGACCUCCUGGGACGACUGGAAACCUGAGAUCCGAGGAGACCUCGUCAUGAAUGCCUGUGUAGUCCCUGAUGGUACAUAUGAAGUGUGCUCAAGGACCACGGGGCAGCCGUCUGCAGAGAGCAGCAGUGCCGGUACCUGGACUCUCAAUGUGCUUUGGAAAAUGUGUGGCAUUGAUGUUCACAUGGACCCAAACAUUGGCAAACGCCUCAACGCCCUGGGCAACACGCUGACGUCGCUGACGGGCGAGGAGGACGUAGACGACGCCGCUGACCUGAACUCUGUGACCAUGGAAGGCCUAUCAGACGAGGAUGAAACCGACACCAUGUCUCCCACCAUCCACACGGAGAACAUGGACCCCCGCAGGCAGAUGAUGGGGAACCAGGUGAUUGAUGCUCGUGGAAGGAAGGUCACCAAGAGGGUGGUGGACAUUCGGGAGCUGAAUGAACAGGCCAAAGUUAUCGAUGACCUCAAGAAAUUGGGGGCCAGCGAGGGAACCAUCAACCAGGAGAUCCAGCGGUACCAGCAGCUGGAAUCGGUGGCUGUUCAAGACAUCAGGAGAGACGUCAGAAAGAAGCUGCGUCGCUCCAGCAUGAGGGCGGCCUCUCUGAAGGAUAAAUGGGGUCUCGGCUACAAACCCAGCUACAACCGCUCCAAAAGCAUCUCGGCAGUAGCAGGUCGGCCUCCUCUGAAACGGAUCGAUAGACAGAGCUCCAAGAUUGGGGAUGUGGAUGAUUUCCCAGAAGUCCGUAUGGAUCCAUCCUGUGCUGGACCCCGGGUCACCUUUAACAUCCAGGACCCGUUCCCUGAGGAGUCAGAGUGCGACCUGUUGUCUUUCACCAUUGAUGGCACAUCUCAUCUUCAUCCUCACCAUCACCUUCAUUCUCCUUGUCCUGUCGAAGGCCAGCAGUCAGUUUUCAGUGCCCCCGCCACCCCUGUCGCCUUCUCACCCACACUUCCGUUCCAGCACUACGACUCGAAGCGUGACGACCCAUCCUCUUCAUCCUCCGAAGACUCUGAGAAGGAGGACGAGUUGGAGCGUGAGAGACAGAGGAACUACCGCAGGCCUUUCCAAACGUCCCACAGGAAGACGUCAGGCUUCUCCACUGUUAGUCAGAUGUUGAGUGAACGCUGGGCGAGCCCAGCAGGCAGCCGCAGCUUCAGUGGACCAGCGUCUGAAAAAAACAUUGACUUCGAGCUGGACAUCCGUGUGGAAAUCGACAGUGGGAAGUGUGUCCUUCACCAAAUCACUCAGCAAUCGGAGCACGAGGAGAUUUCCUUGAGGAGGAGCUGUGACCGCAGCCUUAGGAGUCUGGACCAGGAUUCUCCCCCAAAGAAGAAGAAGCUCCAUCCGGUCUACAACUCCACCACUCACCUUCUCGCUGGGAAGAAAUGCCCCUCCACCCUGCAAACCAAAUCCAACGAUCUGGAGACAACGGUCUUCUACAUUCCAGGAGUGGACGUGAAGCUGCACUACAACUCCAAGACCCUGAAGACGGAGUCACCCAAUGCCUCGCGGGGAUCCUCUCUGCCCCGCACGCUCUCCAAAGAGUCCAAGCUGUAUGGUAUGAACGAUAGCGGCCCAACAAACCUUCCCAGUGCUGUCCAAAGCAAGACUAACUCGCUCCUACCUCCCCCGCCCCCACCUGUUCCUGCAGCCAAAGGUAAGAGCAUUGGAGGGGUGAAGAUGGCCAAGCUGUACGCCUGGGUGGCCCUUCAGACUCUGCCGGAGGAAAUGGUCAUCAGUCCUUGUUUACUGGACUUCCUGGAAAAAGCAUUGGAGACCAUUCCUAUUACUCCCGUGGAGAGAAACAAUGCAGCUGUGGCAACUCAGGAGGAGGACAUGGGUCAGUUUGAUCCAGUGGAACCUCUGGAGGAAUCCACCACCUCCCUGGUUUCCUCCUCCACAUCAGCCUACUCAUCGUUCCCUGUGGAUGUGGUCGUCUAUGUCAGAGUCCAGCCCUCUCAGAUCCGCUUCAGCUGCCUGCCCAUGUCCAGGGUGGAGUGUAUGCUCAAGCUGCCCUCUUUAGACCUGGUGUUCUCCUCCAACCGUGGAGAGCUGGAGACCCCAACAGGAGCCAACCCCACCGACAGAUCCCACCCGCCCACCACCACUCCACCCGGACAGCAUGUCCCCAAGCUACCUCCCACUAAAGCGUCUCCGCUGCCGGGGAACCCUUUGGGGAGGAGCCGCCACAGCAGCAGCCAGUCAGACCUCACGGGGUCUCCCUGUAACUCCUCAGGCCUGAGCUUCACUGCCUGCAUGUCGGACUUCUCCCUCUAUGUCUUCCAUCCCUACGGCGCCGGAAAGCAGAAAUCAGCCGUCACAGGCUUGCCCCCAGGCCCGGGCCCAUUAGAGGAUGAGCCGUCCUCAGUGACAGGAAGAAAAGACUCUCUGUGCAUCAACCUGGAGUUUGUGAAAGUCAGUUUAUCCCGGAUGAGACGGACCGGAGCUCCAACCUUCAUUGAAAGCUUUGUUUCUCCUAAAGGAGGCAAAAUGGAUACCACCCUCAUCAACAUCUCAGCUGUGUGUGACAUCGGUUCGGCUUCUUUCAAGUACGACAUGAGGCGGCUGGGUGAGAUCCUGGCUUUCCCCAGAGCCUGGUACCGCCGCAGUAUCGCCAGACGCCUCUUCCUGGGAGACCAGACCAUCAAUCUGCCACCCUCUGGUCCCGCCACGCCGGACUCGGCUGAAAGCCUAACCCAGCACCUGUCCCCCGAGUCCACCCGGAAAGCCUACUGGAGGACAUGGGAUGGCAGCACGGGGACGCACACACCCCAGUCGCCCAACGUCUUUUCAGAGCACUCUGCUGGGAACAACAUGUCCCCGGGCGGUUUGGGCCACCUGAAGUCCCCCGCGCCUGGUCGCACCCGGAGCGUGUCCGAUUCAUCCGCUCCUAGGAGAGAUUCUGUGACAAAAACCUCCACACCUACGAUUGGGAAAAGUGGGAAGGCAGCAGGUCAACAAGGAUCGCCAUGGGAGACGCUGGUGGUGUUCGCCAUCAAUCUGAAACAGCUCACUGUCCAGAUGAACAUGAGCAACGUCAUGGGAAACAACACCUGGACGACCAGCGGCCUGAAGAGUCACGGCCGACUGUCUGUCGGCAGCAACCGCGACCGAGAGAUCAGCAUGUCCGUGGGCCUCGGCCGCUCCAAGCUGGACUCCAAGGGCGGGGUGGUGGGUGGCAACAUCGACGUGAACACCCUGGAGAUGGUUUCUCAUAUCUCUGAGCAUCCGAACCAGCAGCCCAGCCACAAGAUCCAGAUCACUAUGGGCUCCACAGAGGCUCGAGUGGACUACAUGGGCUCCAGCAUCCUGAUGGGAGUCUUCAGCAAUGCUGACCUGCAGCUCCAGGACGAAUGGAAGGUCAAUCUGUGUACGGUUGACUCCAGCCUCUCAGAGAAAAGCGAGAUCUUUGUCCACGGUGACCUGCAGUGGGACAUCUUCCAGGUGAUCAUCUCCCGCUCCACCACACCAGACCUCAUCAAGAUCGGCAUGAAGCUGCAGGAGUUUUUCACCCAGCAGUUUGACACCAGCAAGCGGGCCCUCUCCACAUGGGGCCCUGGCUCUUACCUGCCUCCCAAAACCCCCGUCAUCAACGCAGAGAAAGGAGCUGCAGAGCUCUACGUGGACGCGGCCCAUCACCGCCACUGGCCUGGAGUGCUGAAGGUAAUCGCUGGCUGUCACAUCUCCCUGUUCCGGAUGCCUCUUCCUGAGGACGCCGUGCAGCUCGGCGGGUCCAUGAGCCUCCAUGGCAAUCACAUGACGCUGGCCUGCUUCCACGGCCCCAACUUCCGCUCCAAGUCGUGGGCUUUGUUUCACCUGGAAGAGCCCAACAUCGCCUUCUGGACGGAGGCGCAGAAGAUCUGGGAGGACGGCUCCAAAGAUGACUCCACCUACAUCGUGCAGACACUGGACUUCCAUCUGGGUCAUAACACGAUGGUGACGAAGCCAUGUGGCGCCCUCGAAAGUCCAAUGGCCACCAUAACCAAAAUCACUCGUGGACGGCAUGAAAACCCUCCGCAUGGAGUUGCUACUGUAAAAGAAUGGUUCGACUACGUCACUGCCAUGAGGAACAAAGAGCUCAACCUGCUGAGGAACGUGGACGCCAACAACGAGGAGAGCGGAGCAGCUACCAAGAGCUCCAGUGUGCUCAGCAGCUUUCGAGGCUCCCAUACCUAUGACCAUGAAACCGAGACCAUCUUUGCUCUUCCCAGAAUGCAGCUGGAGUUCAAGUCCAUUCAUGUGCAGGAUUCAGAGGAGCCGUCUCUUAUGGACUCCAGCAGCAAACCCAAGGUGGAGUGCAGCAUGGUGACGGAGUUCACGGACCACAUCUGCGUCACCAUGGACGCUGAGCUCAUCAUGUUUCUCCAUGACCUGGUGUCGGCCUACCUGAAGGAGAAAGAGAAAGCCCUCUUCACCCCGCGGAUGUUUGUGGCUCGGCAAGGCCAGAAGAGCCCCACGGCUCUGCACGACGACGGCCCCACAGACAAGGACAGGGAUGAGGGGAUCAACUACACCACGGUGGACUGGAGGGAGUUCAUGUGCAACACCUGGCACCUGGAGCCCACUCUCAGGCUAAUUUCCUGGACUGGCAGGAAGAUCGACCCCGUUGGGGUGGACUACAUCCUGCAGAAACUGGGCUUCCACCACGCCAGGACUACAAUUCCCAAGUGGCUGCAGCGGGGUGUGAUGGACCCCCUUGACAAAGUACUGUCGGUGCUCAUCAAGAAGCUGGGCACCGCCCUUCAGGAUGAAAAGGAGAAGAAAGGCCGGGACAAAGAGGAACACUAAGGAAACCAAACUGUGUUACAAUAACUGUAGCUGCAAUGUGUUUUAAACCAGUCGACUCACUAAACUCUGUGAUUGUCUGCGUGCUUGUUUACAGUGGGAUCACCACUCUGAGCUCAGACUGAAAACCUUUGGCAAUUUUUGUUGUUUUCUGAGCAAAGUUGCUGAUGUUAGUAUUAUUGACCAGCUUUAAAGCGGACCUGUUCUACCUGAUGUAAAUGUUCUCGCAGCUCGCCAGUAGUUCCUGUUCAACCAUUGCCUUUUUCUUUGUUUCCCAUGGAACACGUGCUAGGCAUGCUUUAUGUGGGUUAGUGACCAUCAGCACCUGCUCCUCUCUGUCCUGAGGAUGAUUGUAACUAGAUUUUAAACUGAGAUCUUUAUUUAUGGGUCUGUGGGGGUGCAGAGUAUACAUGAUGUUGUAGCUUGGUCUGUCUUUUUUAAUCCAUGCAGUAGAACCAGUGUACAUAGAUCAAUUUCUUAAAUGUGUUGAUUUCUUAACUUAAUAAAACUGUUGCCAUUCAGUUUGAA